AUGUCAUUUCUUGAUCAAAUUAAAUCCAGUUUGACAAUUAUCUGUAAUCUAUUUUCAUCAUGUAUUCAACAUUAUGCUCUUCAUUGUAGUACAGAUGGUCAUUUUGCUCAAUUAAUUUUCGGAGCAGAUUUAAUUCGUGCUCAUCGAUCUUCAUCUACUAAUAGUUCUCCGACGGCUAUUACUCAACUUCUUAGUAAUCAUUUUGUUUCAUUUGAAGAACAAUUAGGUACAAAUGUAAAAACAUUAGCAUUUUUUCUACAUGAUCUAGUAUUUGAUCAUGAUAUUGUUAAAAUGAAUAUAAAUGAACGACGUUUAUUUUUUAUAAAUAUCUAUGAAAAAUUACAAUUACUUGAUUAUAUAUCAAUAGAUAACAAUAUUCUUCGUAAAAAGGAAGAUAUUAAUAUUGAUUUAUUAAUUAAUCAUAUUUUUGAUACAUUACCAAGAAUAAUUUUCGAUCGAAAUGGUUCAUAUUAUGAUCUUCUCUCUCGUUUAAUCAAACAUAAUUUCGAUCGAAUUGAUGAUUAUCUUAUUUAUAAUCAACAAUUAUCUUUUAUUACUACAGGUUCGUCAAUAGCACAAUCUCGUUUAAUUGAUGGAAUACUUUUACCAAUUCAUAAUUCGAAGAAAUUAUUACCAUCAUUUAUUUCUAAUAGUAAAUUAACCGUUGUAUUUUUAAAUAUUGAAUCAACUGAAUUUGAUAAAUCUUCAUCAUUUUCAAUAAUUGAUAAAAAUCAAGAAUUCGUUUCUUAUGAUACAUUAAUCUAUCGUCAAUUUAUAAAAAAAUAUUUAAUAGAUGUCAAUUUAAUUAUUUCAUUAUCAUUUAUUGAUGAAUUAUUUCGUUUUGAAUUACAUCAAGCAAAUAUAAAUAUUAUUGAUUCAUUAGAUGAACAAACAUUCGAAUUUCUAUUAAAAGUUUAUCGAUGUAUACCAUGUAAUCGAUUAUUUAUUGCAGAAGAUGAAUCAAUUGAAAAAAUAUCAACGGUUCUAAUCGAUCGACAUGUUAUGAUUAAUCAACAAGCACAUAUUUAUUUAUCUUCGAAUGGUGCUCAUCAAACUCUUCUCACUUGUGUUCCAACAGCUACAUUAAUUUUAACAACACAAAAAAUUUUAAUUAAUAUUGUUCGUCUUAUUCAAUUAAUUCUAGAAAAAUUAAAUAAAACAUUAUCUUUACCAUUAGCAACAGAAAAAGACUAUCUAAAAUAUGUUAAUGAUAAUAUUCCUGAAUUAAAACAUAUUUUAGAUAAUCGACGUAUUUAUAUGGAUAAACAAUCUAAUAUGAAAUACGAUCAACUAUAUCCAAUAUGUAUUUUUCAUGAAUAUCUAUUAAAUGGAAUUAAUUUUCUAUGUUAUAUUAACAAAAUUGAUGGUAUAUAUAGUACUACAAGACAAAAUGUAGUAGAAAAAUGUUAA